AUGGAGAAGCUGAAGGAGAGCUUCAAGAAGGAGCGGGCGGACUGGGACAUAGAGAAAGCCACACUGCAAAAGAGGGCUGAGGAUGCAGAAACAGCCCUUAAUUCGGUGGUAGAAGAGCUGACUGGUUUGAAGCGGCAAAUAAAUGCCAUGACCACUGCUGUGUUUGCGGGCAGCCCCGGCCUCCUCCUACUCUGCACGAGCACCAGCGUCGGGCCCCGCCCGAGCUCCUCCGCCUGCGCGUGCCCCCGUGGCCUCAACCGCCGGCUGCCGCCCGGCCCAUCCGCCUCCUGCCCGGCACCGACUCCGCGCGAGUGCCCCCGACGGGCCACGCCCGAGCCCUCCGUAGCCGACUCCCCUGCGCGCCGGGUCGCCGCGGCCGCCUCCCUCCCCGCAAGACUGCCAGCCGGCUCCGCACCUCCGCGCGAGCGCCCCCGACGGGCCACGCCCGGCCCCUCCGCGGCCGACUCCCCUGCGCGCCGGGUCGCCGCGGCCCCUCCGCCCCGCCCCAUGGCCGCCUCCGCGCGCUGGCCUUGGCCGGCCUGCCCCGCGCCCGCGCCGCUUGGCCCCGGCACGCCCGCCGACUCGCCAUCUCCUCGCCGUCCGCCCGCGCCAACUCCCGCUCUGCCUCGCGGGCCCCUGCCGGGUCAACGCGCCCACGCGUCUACCCCGCCGGGUCGCCGCGCCCGCCGGGGGCCGCCUCCGCCCCCGCCCACGGCCGCCUGCUCGCUUCGGCCGGCUCCCGCAGUCGCCGCGCCCGCCUGUGGCCGCCUCCGCCUCCGCCCACAGCCUCCUGCUCGCUUCGGCCGGCUCCCGCAGUCACCGCGCCCGCCUGUGGCCGCCUCCGCCUCCGCCCAUGGCCGACUGCGGCUCCGCUCCCGCGCCGGCUGCGCCUGGCUCGGCCGGCUCCGGCCUCCUCCCCCGCCCUGUGGCCGACCCCCGCUCGCCCGUUGUCCGGCCCGGCCGGCUGCCGCCUCCCGCAACCCAGACGGCCGGCUCCGCACGCGCCCCCGCGGCUGGCCGGACUCGCCGCCCCACCUCCGACCUCCGGCCCGAGCGCCCCCGCCUCCGGCUCGGUUUCGUCCGCGCCUCGGCGCCUGCCCCGCCUCGCGGCCUCCUCUGCCUGUGCGCCCCAUGGCCGGCUGCGCCAUGCCCGUCGGAGGCCGGCUGCGCCCCGCACCGGCUCGCGCCUGCGUCGGCCGCUUCCCGCCUCGGCCGUGGCCUUCGCUGGCCGGCUGCCUAGAAGGCAGAGAGGGGGCCGGCUAG